AGGUUAAAAAAAAAAAGAAGGAUUGAGAUGUUAAUGCCUCUUUCGUUCAUCGAAUAUGCCAUCUUCGGUUGCCUAGCAACUGAUACAAGGCCAGUUGGAUUGCAAGAGAGAACGCUGUUGAUAGGCAAGAGUUGCUGUGUCAAUUCAGGUGGGUUCAGGACCGAAAUGUUCCAUCCAGCUGUGGAAUCCAAAGCCAGGGAUGCUUCUUCUGAGGUCAGGUUGAGGCUUCGGUGAAGAAAGAAGAUGGGAGCAGGGAAACCCUGCCAAAAUAAGGAGACACUGAAGCUCCCCAAGUUAUUCCAACAGUUUUUGGGGUCCAUCACUUGGGCCCCCCCUCGAUCUGCUAUUCUUCCAGUACUCCUGUGCAGGUACUGGAAGGCACUGACUACCUUCAUACAGAUCCUCAUCUGUUUGGCAAUAGGCAAGAUGGUUCCCCAUUAAUGGUAGAAGCGGUCAAUAAUAUUGAAGCUGAAGACCCUUUAUGCACCUUCUACCCCCCAAGCUUUCUCCAGGGUUCAGAGGUGGAAAUGAGAGGUUCGGAGGAUGUUGUCCCCGGCACUGUUUUACAGCGGUUGAUUCAGGAGUUGCGUUAUGGCAACCCCAACGAGAAUAUGAACCUGCUGGCUCUCCAGCACCAAGCUACGGGGAGUGCAGGACCCUCCAACUCCACUGCCAGCAGCACCCUGUCUUCUUCUGCGGAAAACCUGGUGCCGGAAGACCCACAAAUGGUCCAGCAGUCAGCACGGCAGGAACCACAAGGCCAGGAACAUCAAGGGGAUAAUACGGUGAUGGAGAAGCAGACCAGAGGCUCCCAGCCUCAGCAGAACAAUGAAGAAUUACCUUCUUACGAAGAAGCCAAAGCUCAGUCUCAGUUUUUUAGAAGUCAGCAGCCUAGUGUCGUCGGGCCCAGUUUCUACAUGGCCAGCAGCACCGGUCCAAAAUCUAAAACAGAAGGUAGACCAACUUUGGCCCGUGCCAACAGUGGACAGGCCCACAAAGAUGAGGCUCUGAAGGAACUGAAACAAGGCCACGUACGCUCUUUGAGCGAGAGAAUCAUGCAGCUUUCCUUGGAAAGGAAUGGGGCCAAACAGCAUUUUCCUUGCUCGGGGAGAAGCAAAGGGUUCAAAUCCAGUGGGCCUUCCCCUUCCCCGGCUUCCAAUAAAGGCAUGGAUCUGAGAGGACCCCCUCCAGAUUAUCCAUUCAAGAUCAAGCAGGGGGGCUCUCCAGGAAGCAAAAGUCAAGAGCCGGGUGUGUUUUUUAACGAACAGCAUUCCAGAAUGAUUCAAGAAAUGACAAAGGCAUCCUAUUCAGCAUCACAGCCAGCGAGGAGCGAAGGAGCUAUUGUCCGAUAUCAGGGUCCCCCAGAAUAUGGCAUUACCAGUCAUCAGUGUGCAUCGUCUUUUCCAUCACUGCCAACACCCCAGGAGCACAGCCCAAUGUCCUCCCAGACCUCCUCGCUUAGCGGCCCCCUGCACUCUGCGUCUCUGCCGCCUCUCUCAAUGGCCACAGCAUCCCAGUCUCUGCCCGCAACUCCGCCUAGUCAACAGCCCCUCACACCAGAUGCCUUCACGAUAGUACAACGAGCCCAGCAAAUGGUGGAGAUGUUGUCUGAAGAUAAUGAAGCCCUGCAGAAGGAGCUGGAGGGCUACUACGAGAAAGCAGACAAACUUCAAAAGUUUGAAAUGGAAAUUCAGAGGAUUUCAGAAGCUUAUGAGGACCUGGUGAAAAUCACCACCAAGAGAGAGUCACUAGACAAGGCAAUGCGAAACAAACUUGAAGGUGAAAUCAGAAGACUCCAUGAUUUCAACAGGGACUUGCAUGACCGACUGGAGACUGCAAAUAGGCAACUGGCCAGCCGAGAAUUUGAGGGACAUGAAAAUAAGGCAACAGAGGAUCUUUAUGCCUCUCAGAACAAAGAGUACUUGAAGGAGAAGGAGAAGCUAGAAAUGGACUUGACGGCCUUGCGCCUGACCAAUGAGGAGCAUCGAAGGCACAUUGAGAUCCUGGACCAGGCUCUGAACAGCGCUCAAGCCAAAGUCAUCAAACUAGAAGCAGAGCUGCGGAAGAAGCAAGCACAUGUCGAGAAGGUAGAGAAGCUCCAGCAGGCCUUGACCCAACUUCAGGCAGCCUAUGAGAAGCGAGAGCAGAUGGAGCAUCGGUUACGCACCAGGCUGGAAAGAGAGUUGGAAUCCCUGAGGCUGCAACAGAAACAAGGGAAUUACCAAGCAGCCCCUGUGCCUGAGUACAACGUCCCAGCCUUAAUGGAGUUAGUGCGGGAGAAGGACGAGAGGAUCCUGGCUUUAGAAGCCGACAUGACCAAGUGGGAGCAGAAGUACCUCGAAGAGAGCACCAUCCGGCACUUUGCCAUGAACGCUGCAGCCACGGCUGCCACAGAAAAAGAUACUUUGGCCACCAACCACUCCCGCAGUGGCAGCUACAGUGAGAGUUCCCUGGAAGUCCGCAUAUGGCAGGAAGAACAGGAGAAGAUGCAAAACAGCCAGAAGUGUCAGGACAUGGAAUACACAAUAAAGAAUCUGUAUGCAAAAAUCAUCGAGAAAGAUGCCAUGAUCAAGGUCCUUCAGCAGCGAUCCAGGAAAGAUACCAGCAAAGGAGAUUCUGCAAGUUUGCGGCCCGCUCAGUCAGUGCCAUCGAUAGCCGCGGCUACAGGAACACACUCCCGUCAGACCUCCCUUAACCACACUCAGGGCGUUGAGGAGAAGAAAGAAGAGAAGUCUUGGAAAGAAAGUAUUGGUUUGCUGUUAGGGAAAGACACCUCUGAACAGUCACCCAUCCCUUCGUUGACCCUUCCAACUCCUUCUUUGUCCUCUACAAUGUCUUCAUGGCCAAUCACCAUCUGCCAUGCUAAAAUGGGCAGCAAAGACAACAGCACUCAGACAGACAAAGGCACGGAGCUUUUCUGGCCCACUGCAGCUUCUUUUCCGGGUAGAGGGAAACUGAGUCACUGUUCUGGCAGCAGUCCAGCCCUGAGGCACAUCGCAGGCAAAAAUGCUGGGGAGAAACCGGAAAACUCUUCCAGCUGUGCGAAGCUCCUGGACAGCAGCAGAAGCCGAGUUAGCCAUCUGCUUCACAAGCCUGAAUUUCCAGAUCCAGAUAUGAUGGAAGUCCUUAUUUGAAGCCAUGGAGCUUUUGCUGCUUUGGGGGAAGCACCUCUCCGCCCUGGAGAGAGAGAGAGG